AUCGGUCGCUCCGUUUGCGUUUUCUCUAUGGGAGUGUCGGGUGGGCAGUGACAGGACAAACCUUUAGUGAUUAUGUCGAUAGUGAUAACAAGUGAACCGGGGCCGGGACACUGACGGCGGGAACAUGAACGCUCGGACCAUCGCGUUCGAACUGUCGAUGGAGGGGAGGCAGGUGGACGAGGUCGUCGCCAGCAUCUUCCACACGGUGCUGUUCCACCGCUCCAGCGGCAAGUUCACUUACAACAGCGAGGAGAGCUACUCGAUCCGGACUGUCAGUUAUAUCGAUGUGGACUGCGAUUUUAUCGACUUCACGUACGUGUGUUGCGAGUCGGAACUGCUCGGGCGGAACGUGAAGCGCGAGAUCGCGGACUUCUCCGAGCUGCUGCGGACUGUGGACGGCACGUCGGCGCCCCCGCGCGGCUCCAUCAGCCUCGAGUUCUUCCAGAAGCGUCGGGCGCGCUGGCCCUUCCAGCCCGAGUGCGUGCCGUGGGAGGUCUGGACGGUGUUCUGCGAGAUAGCGGAAGCACGCAACGAGCACGACAUGCACGCCAAGCACGAGAACGUCGUCGAGAUGCUGCAGGACAAGAUCAUGUACAUCACCGAGAUCAUCAAUCGUCACCAGUACGUACCCAAGAUGCCGAGCCGGUCGGACGCGGAUCUUAUAUUCGAUACGUCGUACCCCGACAUCCAGCCGUAUCUAUUCAAGAUACAUUACAAUUUGUCGGGAGCUCCGCAGACCACUGUCGGUAAUACGGUCCGUAAGAUACUGCGGGAAACUCUGUCGUUGUGAUUUCAAAACUUUAAUCCAUCUCUAUUUUAAACAAUGAUGACAUGAUGAUGUUUUACACCAAUAGCAUACUUUGGUUAACAAUUAAAGAUGUUACGUACGUUUUAAAAAUAUUAAUUCACUGUUCGAUGCUGAAUUCUAUUAAUCUGAAACUUAAUUUGAAACACCGAAUUUAAAAAGGUAUGUAAAUUGCUACAAAAAUUAGAGAUACUUUUUUGUACGCUAGCUUUAUUGUACUUAGAGCGCUAAUUAUAUUUCUUAAUAUUUUUUUUGGCAAUUUUGAUAUUAUCCGCUGACUGUUAUUUUCUAUUGUAUUUGCGUUUUAUUAUUUGGACGCGUGAAUGACAUAAAUUUAAAUAUGAUGAAUAAUUUUUUUAUUCUGUGUUUUGUUUAGUGUUUAAUUAUAUUUUAAUAUCAGAGUAAGUCCUCUGAUGGCUGGUUAAUGAGUCCAUUCAUUGUAACGAGUUGAGACUACGGUCUUAUUUAGUUUUAUGUCUUUAUUUUAUUAAGAACUAGACUAGCUAGAGUAAUUUCGAUUGUCAAUGUUCUACAAUGCAAUUUGAUUUUUAAUAUGUUUGUAUUAAUGUCGGUAGUAAUUAGAGUGGAUUUUAUUUUUGUCAAUGAGGAAUUGCGUUAGCAGUACAUAUCGCAAGUGAAGCAUGAAGUCGCAUCUAGUUUUCGGAAAGUAUGUUUUAAUCUGAAUCACGUAAUAUUUUUUUUCACUUUUCCUUGGGGUCUUGAACAUACGUAAAUAUAUAAUAAAGCACCAUUUUUUCGGUUGCAAGUCAUCCAAUUUAUUUAUUUUUGCUUUUUGUAUUAACGAUUUUUAGUAGUCGCUAAACCUUUUUUUUAUUUAUUGGAAAUAGUUUUAACAAAAGAAAAAUGUAGUACAUAAAGGGAUUCAAAAUGUGAACAACAAAAGA